ACUGGGAAUACUGGGAGCACUGGGGGGCUGCUGGGGAGCACACUGGGGGGCACUGGGGGGCUGCUCGGGAGCAUACUGAGGGCAGUGGGUGGUACUGGGAGCACUGGGACUGGACUGGGGGACCCUGGGGGGCGGCACUGGGGGAUACUGGGAACGCUGGGGUUGGCCUGGGGGCAGCACUGGGGGCACCUCGCCCCUGCGCCUCCCCCUCCCUGCGAGGCGGCGCGGCCCCUUUAAGGGCGCGGCGGGAGGGGCGCGGCGUCACGCGGGGCGGGGCGGGGGGCGGGGCCCUGUUUCCAGCCGUUGCAUCAUCCGCCCGCAUGACUCACCCUCGGGGGCGCGUGACCCGGCGGGCGCCGCUUCCGCCGGCGACGCGGCGGCGCGCGCGCGCGCUCCCCCAGGCCCCGCCCCGCCGGCCCCGCCCCGCCCGCUCCCAUUGGCCCGCGCCGCCCGCGGCGUCACGGCGCGGCGGGCGCCCAUUGGCCGCGGCUGGCGCAAGCGUUGCGUCAUGCGGCGGCCGUUAAAAGGGGCGGCGGGGGCGCGGGCGGCGGCGCAGCGGGAGCGGAGCAGCGCGGGGAAGAUGCGGGCGAGGAUGAGCCGGGGGCAGCGCACGGGCCGGAGCCGCGGGGAGCCGGGGCCGCGCAGGAAGGCAUCGAGGAGAAAGUGCGUCUUCAUAGACCAUCACACCUGAGAGCAGCGCGCCCAGCCUGACCCGGUCGUGACGAUGGCAGCCGAGUCGCUGCCCGUGGCGGGAGCCGCCGGCCCCGGCGCCCUGCCGGGGUGGGAGCUGGAGGCCUGGUACCAGGACCUGCAGGAGGUGCUGGCGGCCGCCGAGCCCGGCGGGCAGCACCCGCCGCCCCGGGGGGCCGAGCAGGAGGGGCCGGCGGAGCUGGUGACGCUCGACGGCGCGGCCCUGCCGUGGGGUGACGGCGGCGGCGGCGGCGAGCUGGACCCGGCCCUGGCCGCGGAGCUGCUGGAGCUGCUGGGGCCGGAGAGCGCGGCGGGCGCGGGGCCGGCACCCCCACCGCCGGGCUCGGCCUCCAGCGGGAGCUCCCCGGCGCAGACGGGCACCGAGGACGAGGAGGGGGCGGCCCCGGGGCGCGGGGCGAAGAGGAAGAGGGGCGGCGGCGAGGCGGGGGGCCGCGAGGCGGCCAAGCGGCGGGAGCGGGAGCAGGCCGACGAGCGGCGGGUGCUGGAGCUGACGGCGCACAACGAGCGGCUGCGGGAGGAGAUCCAGCGGCUCAGCGCCGAGGUGCAGCGCACGCGGGCCGCCCUCAUCGACCGCAUCGUGAACCUGCGCCGGGCCUAGGCCCCCGCACGUACAAGGACUCUGCUGCCCCACGGACUUGGGGGGCAGCUACGAACUGGAGGGGCGCUGCCCCACCGGCACAGACUGAUGCCACGGGGAGGGCGCCGCUUCCACGCGUUAUUGUACAGUUUUUGCAUUUUAUUACACGCAUGUAACCCCC